AUGGAAGGUUUCGGAUUGAAAGCCAGCGACACAACUUUCGCUGGGAUCCUGGGAGCUUUCUCCUCGCUCGAGGAAGGGAAGAAGAUCCAUUCCAGAGCUCAUGCCAGGCAAGGAGAGGCCGUGCAGGCGCUGGAGCUUUUCGAGAGGAUGGAACUGGAGCCCAACGAAGUCACCUUUGCAAGCGUUUUCAACGCUUGCUCUUUGAUGCUGGAUCAUCGGGAGGUGGGAAAGCGGAUCCAAGAUCGUAUUCGAGGCUCUCACCUGGAAGCCAAUGUGACCGUGGCCACUGCCAUCGUGACCAUGUAUCGCAAGUUCGGGAAAGUUGGCAUGGCGAGACAAGUUUUCAAUGGGAUCCAGCACAAGAAUGUGGUGUCCUGGAACGCGAUGCUGGGAGCUUACACACAGAAUAAUCUGGACAGGGAAGCUCUUGAAGUCUAUCACGAGAUGGUGGCGCAGAAAGUCCAUCGGGACGAAGUUACGGUGGUGAUUGCUCUGGGUAUCUCUGCAAGCUUACGACUGCUAAAACUCGGGCGUUGA